UACCAAUAAAUAGUCUCUUUCUCUCGCCACGAACACGAUCUCUCUGUUCAUCUCCUGUAAAACUGAAAAGGUAAAGUAGAUAACGAUAAUGGCAGCCAAACCCAUCAUCGCAGCACACCUUAUCAACCUCUUAACCUACUGCGUUUGCUCCUCAAAGUCAUAUUCAACAGAACCAGUUCCAACACCAACGCCAUGGCCUCACCAAUUCCACUCCAUCCUCUUCAUGAACUACAGUGGAUCUCUCCAAAUUAUUGAUCUCUGGUACGAUUGGCCCAACGGUCGUAACUUCAACAUCAUCCAAAAUCAACUGGGUAAUCUUCUGUACGACCUCGAAUGGAACAACGGAACUUCCUUUCUGUACACCUUGGACUCGUCCAAGGAAUGCAAGACUUCCCAGCUCGAAGUGGGUAUCCUACGACCCAACUGGCUCGAUGGUGCAAACUACUUGGGCCAAAAAUACGUCGAUGGGUUCCUGUGUAAUGUCUGGGAGAAGGUUGAUUUUAUAUGGUACUACGAAGAUGUUGUCAACAAGAGGCCUGUUCACUGGGUCUUCUAUACAGGAAGGGCUGCUCAUGUGAUGACAUUUGAGGUGGGAGCUGUCCUCGAGGAUGCCAAAUGGCAGGCUCCCAUAUACUGUUUUGAGAAGAAAGAAGAGGAAAAGAACAAUAAACUACAAUCUCUGAUUGUUAGUGAUUCUUAGAAGAGUUUGAUGGACAUUGGCGUUUUGAGAAGUUCAACAAUGUGACAUUGAGAGGAUUUUUUUCUCCUCUUUUUUUUUUUUCGAUGGCUUGGCAUUGAGAAGUUCGACAACUACAAUGGAUGGUUUCACAUACAAAGGACUUUGAUUGUCAUGUCAAUUUUUAA